CUGCGGCUACGGGCGCCUACUCUGUGGGUGUUCGGGGACUGCAGCACCCACGAGAGAUCUACGAUGGCGCUACUAUGGUGCAUUUUGUGUUGUGCGCUGUCGCUUGCGCGCGCGCAGUCCAACUACGGCUCGCAGGCCAACAACAUCGAGUACACGGGGGAUGUCGACAAACUGCCAGAACAAACGGUGCUAGAUGGCAAGGUGACUCAACUAGAUGACCUGAGCCCGGUUAUCUUCUUGAACAGAACACGAGCAACUCUCAAUUGCGCUGCAGGAUCCAUGCAGAUCGAGCUGAAGUUCCACGAGAAAUUCUACGGUAUAGCGUACGCAGACUUCGAUCGCCAUUCAGCAUGCCAGGUAUCAGGCAAGGGUGCUACUUCCUACAAACUAGAAUUGCCACUGAAGGGAUGUGGCACCAAACAGGACCCUCUCCGAGUGUUCACGAACAACAUCGUGGUGCGAUUCCACCCGGGCCUGGAGAUGGAUGGAGACGAGGUCAUCACAAUCGUCUGCCGCUACCCGCCGCCCAAGGUCGUCGCGGCGCCGAAUCCAUUCAUCAACCCUGUGCCAGACCCAAGAGGGCCACUGCCAGCCCCACUAGCGGGCACCUCUAUCCUGCUGAUCAUCUGUGCGAUCCUGUUCCUCACGCUGCUGCUUCUGGGUCUUGGAGUGUCAUACCUCUGUCUGAGGAGGAGGGCGCUGCCAGCUCCACGGCGACUUAUCGAUGAUUCCUCUGCUUCUAUCAUUAGCAGAGAGAGCAUUCAAGAAGUAAAGAUACCUCGAGCACAUCCAGUUUAUCCAGUAGCGGCAGAGAGCGCUAGUGUGGCCUCUGAUACAAUACCGUCUGACUACCCGUCCGAGACUCCGAGCGAAGCUGACCAUGGUCAUACCAACCAGGCGUUCAUGAUUGAUGAAUAUCAAAGUGAGGGUUACAACGAAUCUCACGAAGCGAGUAACUCCCGUAUGCACGCAGGCGUACCACCGGCGUUUGACGUGCGAGUGAGAGUGCAGCGACCGCCUGCACCUCCGUCUCCCAUCUCUACCAUAACCACCACUGAAGUUGAUGGUGGAAGCAUGAGACAAACAACAAUGCUAGAAGAGCACGAGCGGCAAGAAUCAGUACGCACAGUUUCACCGGCAGCAUUGCCUUUACCAGCGCGAGCAGCUCACGCCAUACCACCUGAACGACCGCCACGACCGCCUGCACUUUACACUGAAGUCAACCGCGAAAGACAGGAAUGGGCCCGUCGUCCACGUUCCAUCGCCUCACUCAACACCGAGAUGACGGACACCCACUCGGUCACCGAAGUCACCGAUAGGUCGCACGCCAGAAUGUUCCAUAUCAAGAAACCUCCCCCACCGCCACCAAUGAUGACGGAGCGUCUUCAAACAGAGGAACAUGAAACGCUCAUGGAAAGCCUCGAGCCUAUCUCAGAUACACCCAUCAUGCCAGCACGAAAACCCGAAAUAACUUCACACGUAGUAGACGACGUAUUCCUCCGAACAAUCACCGAAAAGAAGACAAUCGAAGACAUCGAGCGUCACAAACGUCUGGUGACCGAAUACCGACAGGUGCCACCUCCACCGCCACAGUUUGACGUCACAAUACGAAACCAUACAUUACCUGAAGCACAAUGGGAGAACUUCUCCGAUAUAAGCAGUGCUUCAGGCAUGACUCUUACACCGAAGAUGGAAAGAGUUCCAAUGUCACUGCCACCACAUAAGUUUAUUGGCAAAGGAGGUCCAGAUCUAUUUUCUCCUGAAUUAAUCAAGCAGACAGGCCAAGUGUACCAGCCAUCAAUGUCUGCUGACCUUCCGCUCCUGCCCGAGCUGCCGCCAGCGCGUAACCCCCUGUACAGAGAGGAGGAUGAUGAAGACGUGCCUGAUCCAACACCAGCGCCACCUGUACCAGUCAACUGGAGUGUGCUGACCAGGGUGCUGAAGACUGAGGCACAAGAUGAGGUGCUCUCAGAAACCGAACGUUCAUACCGACUCACCCGCGAGGAACGUCUCCGUUGGCGCGAGCUGAUCACCCACGAGAGCACACUGCGUCGUGAACUGGCUCGCUCUUCCACUCGGGAAGACUUCACAAGAGUGGCGCACGACCACCGCUUUGCUCCGUUGUACGACCCGCCCAAAUGGGAGGUCAUUAUACGCAUACUGGCGCCGCCUCCAGAUAAACCCAAGAACCGCUACCGCAAGAAAUCCGAGUGGGAAUCCCGUUCGCGUCGCAGCUCCUUGCCAACGCUGUACGAAUACGACAGCGACGCCACAUCGCUGCGCGAGCCGCAGCGCUCCAGGCGGUCCUCCUACCGCAGCGACCACCAUGACAUGAGAUCGAUGUCAGAGAUGAUGGUAGACUACGCACGUGAACAAGCGGACACGCACUCGGAGGUGUCGGCGGGCACCUUGCUAGGACGAUACUAUGACGACGACAGUGAUUCCGACCACCCUUACAACCAGAACCCAUCCUGGCGUCACUCCCUUCAUCGGUCCGUGAGCCAACCGUCUCUUGCGCGUUCUGCGACUGAGUUGAUGGAGAGUUGGACGGCACCCGAAGGCGAUGUAACCCCUACACCCGGCCGCAGAAUGAGAGGUCCUCAAGGACUCACGACCUUCACAUCAUCCGAAGUGCGUACAUUCCAAGCCUCAAGGGAAUGGAGGGAAUAAGACAAAAUAAAUAGUCAACAACUUAAUCCGUAACUCGAACAUUCUGGUUUUGUACAAAACAACCGCGAUAAUGAAAUAAUUAAUGUUUAAAAAUGAAGAGAUAAAUUUUAGAGGUGCAUUUACAAAAUCGCGCGGGCCGGGCGGCGAGACCUAGACGCAAGAUGGGAAGCAAGAAGUCUAUUCACACAUUUGUCUGCGAUCUCAUAUUAUCGCUCUCGCGUGUAGAGAUUAUGCGAAUGAAAUUAUCAGCGAAUGUCGAGACGGGGCGCGAAGACGAAUACGUAAAUGCACGGUUAUACAAUAAAAAGUGAUAUUUUCCACUGCCUAUGUUGAUAGGAUGCCAGAUAGUAUAAUGAUUGUAUGAAUUUAAUUUAUACAGAUUAGAUGGUGUCAAUUAUGUAUGAACUCAAAAGGCAUAAAAAAACAGUUGUUCGACUAGAAAAUGAAAGUUGGAGUGUUUUUGAGAAUGUACUUAAAAUCUUGUCAUAUUUUGUAAGUCCGUCCAUUUUAUUAGAUACGUUUAAGACAAAAUUAAUAAAAACUUUUAAAAAGUGUUUUUAAAA